AUGCAACACCUCUCAGGGCAUCCAGGUGUUGUGACACUGAAGGCAGUGUACGAGGAUGCUGAGUCUUUCCAUCUUGUGAUGGAGCUUUGUUCUAGGGGACGGUUGCUUGAUCAGAUGGCUAGAGAAGGCCCGUAUACUGAACGUCAGGCUGCUAACAUAAUUAAGGAACUAAUGCUAGCCAUCCGAUACUGCCAUGAGAUGGGUGUUGUUCACCGGGAUGUAAAGCCUGAGAAUAUCCUCCUUACAACUUCUGGACAGAUGAAGCUUGCUGACUUUGGAUUGGCUGUGAGAAUUUUAGAUGGACAGAGCUUGACAGGUGUAGUAGGAAGUCCUGCAUAUGUAGCUCCGGAAGUGCUGUUGGGUAAUUACUCUGAGAAAGUGGAUAUCUGGAGUGCUGGUGUCCUGCUACACGCACUUCUAGUUGGUAUGCUCCCAUUUCAAGGCGAUUCUCUGGAAGCUGUGUUUGAGGCUAUCAAGAAAGAAAAACUUGAUUUUAGUGGUGAUGUGUGGGACUCAGUAUCACAGCCUGCUCGUGAUCUACUCUCUAGCAUGCUGACCAGGAGUGUUUCAGCAAGGCUUACUGCAAAUGAAGUUCUAAGGCAUCCAUGGAUUUCAUUCUACACUGAAACCACAUUGAAAACCUUAACUGUCAAACCAAAGGUGCUGAACACUUUAAAACAGACAACUUCUCUACCUGUGGCAGAGUCCGAGAGAAACAAGUUAAUAUCCCGAAACACUCUCAGUGAAGACUCUAGUCCAACUCUAGUGUCUGGUGGUUCGACUGAAGGAGAGGAUAGUGGUCUGGUUGAUAUUCUUGCUGUUGCAAUUUCACGUGUUAGGAUAUCUGAACCUAAGAGAAGCAGGUUAUGUAGCCCGGCUCGGCCAAUUGAACAGGAGUGUUCGUCUAAUUUGAAGACUGGAAACCUCUGUACAGCAUUUUGA